UUCAACAUGGCGUCCUUGGAUGUAAACAAAACAGAAACAAAGCAUCAACUUAUUUAAUCGGUCAUUGUAAAAGGCAUCGAUAAUCAUAUCUCAUUAACGUGGGGUACGUAGAGAUAAUUCAUUAGUUAUUGUUUAUAUUCUCACGGGAUAUGAUUUUAUUUUGAAUGGUUAUAAACUAUUUUAAUUUCAUACAGUGCAAACAGCAGAUGUUAACACAACGCGGUGACACGAUCGACAUGAUGCAUGUUAUUUAAUAUAAUCAAUAAACGAAUGACAUUAAUGUAGACUCAGGCAAAUCUACCUAGAACGGGUAUUCUAGACUCAGUGAUGUAGAAGAGGAUCUUAUCAUUUACUGCAAGCAAUUUCAGAGGAUCAUAUUUUCUCUGGUGUCCAAAUUUUCAUCGCCAUGAGUUCCCCGUUGUCCAGUCUGAGGAAAUCUCACAAAAAUCCACUACUUCUUGGGAGAUUUGAUAGAGAGGUAGUUUCAAGUGAUGGGCAGAAACAUCAUGUGCCCUUCAAAAGCCCAGGAUAUACAGAAGAUGAAAGCAAACUUCUGGGGGAGAUUACAAGCAAUAUGGCCAGUCAACGCAUUAAAACGCGGGACCCAUUCGGAGGAGGUUUACCGAAACUGGAUAACCUACGUCACCCCCAUCUAGCCCAUAAUAGUCCCAGAACAUCCAAUCCUGGGUCUUUAGGUCGUUACCAUGACAAUAGCACCCCAGUAUUUGAUCGGCCCUCUAGUGCCGCUUCGAGUACUGGGUUUGAUGGUUCCCACAUCAAUAACACCUUUCUCACAGGGGUGUCAAAGGAUUAUGGCAGAUCUCCUCCAAAUGAUCAUGAUCUCAUGACAUCCAUGAUGAACCGAAUAUCCCUGUUGGAGCAACGUGUUUCUCACCAGACCAAGGAAAUCACAGAAAAGGAUAAAAGAAUUAAAGUGUUGGAUGAGAAACUGAAAAUACUCCAAAAAUCACAAGGAGAAAACGAUGACACUAGGGUGAAUGAGGCAGAGAAGAAAUGCUUAUUACUACAGCAGAAAGUACAUGAGAUGGAGGGUUUCCUGGCUGACUAUGGUAUGGUAUGGGUCGGUGAAAAGAGUAACCCUAACUCAAAUGUUUACAAUGAUGAGGAUGGCUCCACAACAAGCAGUGAGGGUGAUAAUUGGCGACCAGGUACCUCUGUAUCCAACCAGCCAGAGUUUGAGAUAGACUUCAAUAUUAUAAUAGCGAACAUCAAAGAGCUGAAUGUGUUGGCUGGGGAGGGUGUGUCCAAGAUACAGCAUACCACAGAUGGGGCUAGACUCAAGCCUCAAGAUCCAGUCAAGUUCACACUGUAUUCCAAUGGCAUGAUGUUAUAUAGCGGCCCGUUCCGGUCAUUUAAUGACCCAAUGACACAGACAUUUGUCCAUGACAUCAUGGAUGGCUACUUCCCAUCAGAGCUACAGAACAGAUACCCAGAUGGUGUUCCCUUUGUUAUUCAAGAUUUGAGGUCAGUUCAUUUCAAGGACAAGCGAGCAGCAAUGUUUGCUGGAGCUGGACAGGUAUUGGGAGGAGAUACGAAACCAUCUCGAUUGGUUCCCUCCAAUCUAGACAAGGCCAAUCAGGCGUUUGAUCCUGUACAUGAGAUGUACCGCUCAGAUACCUCGGAAAAAUUGCAGGUUACAAGUGAACACCCAGGCAAAAAGAUGUCUACAGAGCAAUUCCUGAGUAAGCUUCCAAAGAAUGUGAUCAAGGACGGCAAGGUGAUUGACAUCCGAGGGUCUGUCAAUAACACCCUGAAGGGAGGGAAACCUAUGGGUCCUCCAGUCACUGUAGUGGACACAGACGUGGUCAAGGACAUGAGAAAGAGACUGGAGAUGGAGGAGUCACGGAGGCCAUCCACGCCUCGAGACAUCAGCACUCUCAGAGUUAAGUCUGACAGUGGUAAUCAAACCUAUAUCCUCAAGAUGAAGUUCUGGGAAACCAUUGGAGACCUCAGAAAAUACAUAGACAUACACAGACCGUUGGGUUUACCCGAUUACCAGAUUGUGUCAACGUACCCCACGAAAGUGUACGACAACAACUCCGCCUCAUUAGAAUCAGCAGGCCUCACUCCCAAUGCAGUGCUUCACCUACGACAGAAAAAGUCGUAGCUACCAGAUAACAUUAUUUAAAGACUUUUCAUGUCAUAGUCAAGCUGAGAAACAGACUUACUAUGUUUAUACUUAAGACCACCUGAUGUACUUACAGGGUAUUAUUGUUGGCUUAUACUGAGCUUGGCAAUAGGUUGGGAGUUCACCAAUUACUGUGAGACUACAAUAUGCGCCCAGUUAGUUUUUAUAGUUAACCCUUUCACCACUGUAGACCAUAAUGGACUCAUCCAGAUCAAUACAUGGUAGAGUCUACUAAAGAUACACAGGGGUGAAAGGGUUAAACAUGUGACACAACAUGUCAAUAUGAACAGAUGAAGAACAAUGAAGUAAAAUCAAUUUUAAUCUGCCAAAUAUUAAUACGACAGUUGGACGUGUAACUUUUUAUAGACUUACAGCAUUGUAUUUAUUUGUUUUGUGGGAAUAUGAUCCAAGCAAAUUUAUAUUAGAAUUUUCAGAUAUGCAUUUGAUCGUAAUUGUUUCAGAAUACCAUAUUUAUACUGUAAUAAGCCCUGUUAAAUGCAUUUAGAUGUGUCAUCUAAUGCGUUAGGAUGUGUCAUCUAAUGCAUUUAGAUGUGUGUUGCCCUGUCAUCUAAUGUUGUUUUCUGGCUGCAUUUGAAAAAAUCAAACAUGUAAUAGUAGCUAGAUAUCAUUAGAGACUGGAUAUUUCCCUCGACUUACGUCUUAUAUUAAGUGACCAGACUUGAGUCCAAAAAAACUAACUGCUGAUUAUUGCUAGUACUGCAGUAUCGUUGUUGUGAGUUUCUCUGUAGAUUAUCAUACAUGUAUGUGACGAUUAAACCUCUUGGUUUGACACGAAGCUUUGUGUGCAUUGUAAACAGUAAGGUCUUAUUUGUCUGGGCAGUGUGAUUAUUCAUUUAAGGUUUUUUUGCCAGAUCAUUUGUUGAAUUGUUUACUAUUUGGGAAUACAUUUGUGUACAUGUACUAAUCUUUAUAGAUAAAGGAAUCUGGAGAGUCUGGAUGCUUUGUUCUGAUGUAUUCUGUAAAAGUUAUUGAAUACCAUGUUAGUUCUGUGAAAGUACACAUGCACUGUUAACCUAAUGAUUGCCUUGCUCUGCCCCCUCCCCCCGGGGGGGCACAAUGGGCUCAUUGCCUUUGACAAUAGGGGAUGUUAAACAUCAGAGGUAGAUCAGCAUGUGUUUUUUGUGUGUUUAUAUGGGGAUAGUAUGGUUUAGUAUAGUAGAUCUGUACCUUGUAUUGGUCUCUUUAAAUGCGGUGACACUCGUUCUAAUGUAUUUUAUUGCAUUUUGGAGCCUCAUAAGUCAUAAUUAACUUUGACAUCAAUGUAUUGAAAUAACUUAUAAUUUUAAGCUAUAAUAAGCUGACAAAUAUUGGCUUUUAUAGCUAUAAUAAGCUGACAAAUAUUGGCUUUUAUAGCUAUAAUAAGCUGACAAAUAUUGGCUUUUUAAAUUUGGUGAAACUUAUUCCAAUGUAUAUUAUUGCCUUUUCGAGUAUCAUAAGUCAAAUUGACUUUGACAUGAAUGUGUGGUAAUAACGUAUAAUAAGCUAAAAUAAGCUGACAAAUAUUGGUCUAUUUAAAUCUGACAACUGUUUUUAAUGUAUAUUAUUGUCUUUUAUAAAGUGUCUCAUAAGUCGAUUAACUUUGACUGGAUAUUGAUCUAGUUUUAUGAACACUUUACUUGUUUUCAUAUGUAGAUCAAUAUGUGACACUUGAAUAAAAUAAAAUAAUUUAUUAUCAUUUAUUAUUAUAUAUUAUUAUGUAUCACACAACUGCAAUAUAGGGAGUAAUCCAAUCAAAUUAAACCAGCACAAUAAGCAAUAUAAGGAAUUGAUGUAUUGCAAGCAUAAUGUAGGUUAUGCUAGAUCUUUUUCUUAUAGUAUAUAUUGUUCAUAUUUAUUUUAAAAAGUUAAUCACAGUUAAAAAUACAAAGAUUUUUUUUUUAUUGAAUAAGUAAUGCAAAAGUUUUAAAUUUCAAACAUGUAAAAAAGUAAAAAAUAACAAUCAUGAGUUAUUACCCUCUACAAUGUUUAAUCCCAUAAAUGUGUAAAUAUAAUAAAAUUCAAAAUUUCACAGUUAUUUUUUUUUAUUUUUUAUUCAAGUUGACCAAUUUAAAUGAGACCAAUUUAAAUGUUUUUGGAGUUAAAUAAAUUAGAAUAUAGUAAUCAGUUUUAGAAUGUGCAAUUGAUCUGUUAUUUCUUCCAAAUGCAUUCAGAUUUUUUUUUUAUGAUUAGGUAAUUAAGAUAAUUUAUUGUUUUAUUUAAGUCCGUCCAAAUAUUUUCAAGUGUUUGUACAUUUGUUGCAAAACUUGCCAUGCUUUGUGUAUAGAUCGAGACGCCGUCUAAUUUGGACCAUGCUAUAUAGAUAAAUACCGAUUGAUUUAUCAGUGUUUUACCUCUUGAUUUUGUAGAAGUAGGAACGUUUCUGUGAUAAUUUAAGAUCUGCAAAAUAUGAUAUUUUUUGAUAGUGAAAAGCCAUUUUAAUUCCAUUCCCUUUGCUGUCACAAUGAGGUACGUAGUCAUAUUGGAUAGAUUAUCCAGAAGCGUUUAUGCAGUGUUAUAAGGUUUUUUUUAGGUACUUUGUAAUUAUUUUUACCAUACAUAGUCAUAAAUAACAUAAUUGUUAUGGUGUAGUAAAAAAAAUCAGGACAACUCAUAAUUGUAUUUUGACAGCUGAAGUUUUAAAAAUCAUAUCUAAAUAUGGGAAUAAAAUGUGCAUAAAUUAUUAGUGUUAAAUAAUGUCUCAAUGUUGUUCCCGUAAGUACAAUGAAAGCUUUCUGGGAUUUUAUAUUUAAAUGCUAGUAACUAUGUCUUUACUUAUACACAAUCCGUCCUAUCUGUUUUUAAACUAUUUUGGCACCUGUUUUUAUAACAUGGUGAUUUUAUGUUUCAAUAAACUUAUACAUUACUUGUGAUACUGGACAUAUGUGCAGUGGAACGGCCAUUGUGUUUCAACUCUCCAUAUAAUUUUACUGUGAUAGGCUGAACUUAAUGUAUUGGCAAUAUUGAUGCCACACCAUCAUACAAUCAAAGACAAUUGUUUAAAGGCAAGCAAAAAUAAGUUGUCUUAAUUCCAGGUGUAUAUGAUCACAUAUUUAUUACUCUUUAGUAAUUUGGUACCUCAGAAAUGCUAGUUUUGAGAAAGACGUUCAGAUAUGUUUAGCAUUACCUGGAGUCGAGUAUAUAAACUUGCCAUGAUCUCUGAUGUAAUUUUUAUGCAAUAGGUAUCUCAUAUGUAGCUGAGUGAUUUAUUAAUUUAACUGAAAAUGACCUUUUGUUAAUAAUUUGAUUACUUUGUCUAAAAUUAAAAACAAUGUUUUCCUCUAUCAAAUUUUGUAAAUGCUAGCAAUGUGUGAAACAUUAGAAAUAUUGUAUUUCUAUGAGUUUGAUUUUUUCGUCAAUUAAAUACUGUAAUUUGUUAUUGAGUGUACGGUAAUUAAAUAAAUUAUACCCGAUACAUGUACCAUUUUCAACAACACUGUGGUAUAUAUUCACGGCUGUUUUAAAUCAAAUACAGAUGUGGCAAACAAAUACAUCACUUUAAUUUGAUAAUCAUAUAAAAGAGAUUACCCAGGUGUUUUUUCCUAGAUCUGCAUCAACAUGAAUGUUAAUGUUCAUUAAAAGGGACCAAACAUU